UUUUUGGAUUGAUGUUUGUUUUGAACGAAAAUAUAAAAUAAAUUAAAUAAAUGCUGCUUUAUUAUUUAGUACAAUAGCCGUAGUACAUAAUCCAGACAUGCCUAAGCCGGUUUGUGUGCAGUGUAGCUCGAAUGAUUCACUUUUGUGGCGAAGUUCGGGAAGUGGUCAAAUAUGUAACGAGUGUCACAUCGCAAACACAGCGAAAAAGGAGCUAAAAGUCGAAGUUACUGUAAAGAACGAGAAUGAGGAAAAGAAAGAGGAGAAAGAAGAUACUGAAGCCAAGAAAGACAAACCAGAAGGCGAAACAACGCCAGCCAAAGCGACGGGUAGAGGGGUACGGAAAAGUACGCGUGCUACCAGAUACAAAGCUAAAACUCCCGCACCGACGCCUAAUAAGACUUCGGGGCCUCGCGGCAGAGGCAGAAGAAGCAUAUUUAAGAGACAGCCCCUAAAAGCGCCAACUGCAACAGCUACAGUGGUCACAAGUGACUCUAUAUUUUACAAAGGCAUGUACAUGCAGAAAGGUGAUAUAGUGUCCAUGAUGGACAUUGACGGUGGCAUAUAUUACGCUCAAAUUAGAGGUUUCCUGACAGAUCAGUAUUGUGAGAAGAGUGCAGUAGUGACAUGGCUAUUACCCACUAAAGCCAGCCCACCUCCAGAAAAAGGAUUUGAUCCUGCCACAUACAUAAUUGGCCCAGAAGAAGAGUUACCUAGAAAAUUGGAAUACAUGGAGUUUGUUUUGCAUGCUCCCUCAGAUUAUUACAAGGCUAGUAACAGUCCCUAUCCAUUGACCGAAAGUGAGCUCAAUAACUACAGUGGAUUUAUAUGGACGACAUUGGAGCCUAAGGAUAGAACAUAGUUACGUUUAAUAUAACUUUUUUAUUUUUAAUAAAUAUGUACCUUUUA